AGGAAAUUCAAAUGUGGAAAAACUGCUCGGCUACGAUAUGGUGAGCACGUUUCAUGUCUUUGGACUGGCCAUUGGCUGGAUGGACAUUGUGGGUGCUAUCAUAUUCGAAUUGGCGAUUAUCUACUGGCUUCGUCAGGGUGUGGAGAACGCACUUCAGCCUGAUGUAGAGGCUAGACAGGUGCAGCGCGUAAAUGGACGAAAGCUCUACGGGAGCCACAGCUUGCUACGUGAUAAUAAACGCAUUUGGAUUUUCUGGGUAUAUUUGCUGCUGCUGAAUGUUUGGAUUGGGGUCACCAUGCUUCUGAUUGCGGGCAUUUUAAUGCAUAAGCCAGAACUGAUGAUAUUCUGGCUCAUCUGGUGUGCUGGCGGCCUCGUAUUCGAUGUAUUUUUCGUGCUUUGGUGGCUACUCGAGUUAAUUGCAGGAGAUUUCAUAGAUGCCCUGACUAAUAUAUUGAUCUCACUAUUAACCAUGGCGAUCGAAUUCGGUUUCAUUUAUAUCGUUUAUAACAUCUAUUUGGAACUGUCGCUCACACCAGAUGGGGCGAAGACAAGCGAUUCAAUGCUUUCAUUCUUCAUAUACUAGGCCAGCAUAUAUUUUUAUAUUGAACAGAAAACUUUUUUUUUAUAUUAUUACAUUCAUUAAUAUACAAUUUAAUAUUUAUUAU